GUCUCCCACUUCCUCUCCAUCCCCUGGUGCGCAUGCCUCAUCCAGACGCCCAACACGGUGCCCUUCAUCCCGCAGUGCUUCAACCCCAAGAGCCCCGCCCACGACCAGCUCGUCGGCGCGACGCUCGCCGGCCCGCGCGGCCUGCAGCACAUGCUCUGCUUCUUCCACACAGAGGACGAAGCGCACCUGCAGGACGCCGACCGGCCCAUCAUGCACGUGAGCUCUCUGUUCGCCCUGGGGGAAGGCCUGUCUGGGUACGAAGGCGUGCUGCAUGGCGGGAUGAUCAUGACGAUGGUGGAUGAGGCGAUGGGGGUUCUUCACGAGAUUAAUUCCGCGCUGGGCAAGACAGGCGAGGUCUUUGGGACUGCGAGCGUCACUGCCGGGCUGGAGAUUAAGUUCCUGAAGCCGGGACCCAUCAACCAGACGGUGCUGGUGAAUGCGUGGGUGGACAGCGUCGAGGGCCGGAAGACGAGGAUAAAGUGCGAGGUCAGGGAUGGGAAUGGGAUUGAGCUGGCGCAGUGCGCGAGUACGUGGGUGUCGGUCAGGGCGAGGAUGUGA